UACUCUCUAACCGCCACGUGUCAUCCCUACCGCCAAAGUGGUCUUCUUCGUACUCUUCUUUUCCUCGAGUCUUCUCCAGCCCCAAGCUGCAAUCCAUUUCUCCUCAGACGUUACAGCUAUAUAUAUAUUUAAACGCUCCGAUAAGUCGAGGUAGAGAGAGAAAGAGAGAGAGAGCGAGGGAGGGAGGAAGGUAGACGGAACCAUCGUCAGCACGCGGCCCUUCAUCCUCCUUUGGAGGGAUUCUAUUUGUUUUUUUUCUCGAGGAGGGGCUACUAAGGAGAAUGGUUGGAGGGAGGCCUGUGACUGGGAAUUUGGAUAUGUGGUUUAAGAGUCUUAUGGUUUUCGACGGCCGAGGUAAAAUCGAAACUGGAGCUGCAAUAACGGGGUGGAAGGACCUUCCAAUGGAGCUUCUGAUGAGGAUUCUAGCACUUGGUGAUGAUCGGAUGGCUAUCGUCGCAUCAGGUGUCUGCACUGGUUGGAGAGAUGCAGUUUGCUUUGGGCUUAGUCGGCUCUGCUUGUCAUGGUGCAAGGAACACAUGAACAAUCUUGUUCUUUCACUUGCUCCCAAGUUCACAAAACUUCAAGUACUAAGUUUGCGGCAAAACAAACCUCAAGUUGAGGAUACUGCUCUUCAGACCAUUGCAAAUUAUUGUCACGAUUUGUGUGAUUUGGACCUCAGCAAAAGCCAAAAAUUAAGUGAUAUCUCACUGUAUGCUUUAGCACAUGGAUGUCCAAAGCUUACCAAACUUAACAUCAGUGGUUGCACAGCCUUCAGUGAUUCUGCCCUAGCAUAUCUAACAAGCUUCUGCACAAAACUGAAAUACCUCAAUCUCUGUGGAUGUGUGAAAGCUGCAUCGGAUAGGGCUUUGCAGGCAAUUGCAUACAACUGCCGGCAGUUACAGUCUCUAAUCCUAGGCUGGUGUGAAGGUGUGACUGAUAAAGGAGUGAUUUGUUUGGCGCUAGGUUGCCCUGAUCUCAGGGCUAUUGAUUUGUGCGGCUGUGUCCUUAUAACUGAUGAGAGCGUGAUUGCUUUGGCAAAUGGAUGCCCUCGACUGAGAUCCUUAGGCCUAUACUAUUGCCAGAACAUUACUGACAGAGCAAUGUACUCCCUGGCCAACAGCCGCCUGAAGAGCAAGCACUGUUCAUGGGCCUCCAUUCAUGAAAGUAGCAACGGCGAAGAGGGACUCAUGAACCUCAACAUCAGCCAGUGCACGGCUCUGACCCCUCCUGCCGUUCAGGCCGUGUGCGACUCCUUCCCUGCGCUCCACACCUGUCCCGAACGGCAUUCCCUCAUCAUCAGUGGCUGCCUCAGCCUGACAGCAGUCCACUGCGUUUGUGCUGUUCAGAAUCAUCGCCCGGGCAGAGCAGGGCUCUCUCACUAAAGCUUUUUACAGCUGCUGUUGAUAAGGAUCUUGGAGGAGAAAAAUGGUUUGUACAUAUUAAGUAUUAUGCAAAUGCCCGGGUUUAAACUGUGCCUGGGUGGGGUUGUUUGAGCUUGGAUGGUAGGUAUAAACUAGUGAGCAUCAUUUGGAAUGUUGUUUUGGGUAUAUUUUAUUAAUUUCCCUGUCUUGCAACUUUGUCUAAGGAGUUGUGUUAGUCCAGCAUAUUAUUUUUGAGUUAUUUAUAGAUAUGUUUAGCAUUGAGGUUGCUA